AUGACGUUAUGUAUCAAGGAUGAGUAUAAGCUACAAGAUGAAUUUAUUAAAUUAAGAAGAAGCUUAAUAAAUAUCUUUUGCUAUGAAUUAUUUUAUUCUCCUAAUAAAAAAUUAAAAAAUAAAUUAUUGGAUAUAAAAAGAAAAGGUCAAUAUUAUAAGAAAGGUAGUUUUUUAUUUAAUGGUGAAUAUAAUAAUGUAUAUAAUUAUGAUAAUAUUGAUGAUGAAUUUUAUUUAUGUAGUUAUAAAAAAUAUAGACAAAAGAUAAAUAAAAUAUUCAAACGUUUUAUGUUGAAAAAGUAUACAUAUAAUAAAAUAAAAAAAAAAGAAAAUGACAAUAACAUAAAUACUUAUUGUGAGUUAAGAAAAAAUAUUUGUUUUAUAGAAAAGGAAAUUUUGAAUAGAUCCUUAUUUAAUAUUAAUAUUAAAUAUUCUAAUUAUGAUAUAGAAAAAAAAUAUAUGUAUUUAUAUUUUUUGUUCAUAAAAUUUAUGUCUGCAUUAAAGAAAAAAAACAAAAACAUAACAAUAAUCAACAACAAUAAUAACAAUUAUAAUAACAAUUAUAAUAAAAAUAAUAAUGUAAGUAGUAGAGAUAACCCUCCUUGUUGUAAUCAUUCUUUCUUCUCCUCUUCUUAUAUAAAACAAUUUGCAUUAUUUGUGAAUUACUUAUUAAAUCGGAGGAAGGGAAAUAUUUAUUUUGAAUUAUUGAAAGGACACAUUAAAAGUACUAUGAAUUUAAAUAUAUAUAAAAAUAAAUACAAAAAUGAUAAUGAACAUAUAUAUCAGAAGAAAUAUACAAAUUAUUAUCAUGAUAUUAUUAUAUAUAAAUAUAAACCUAUAAUAAAAUAUGAAAAAAAAAAAAUUCAUAAAAAUAAUAUAUAUAUAUAUUAUUAUAUUAAAUAUCCUGUUCAGAAAAAAAAUUGUUCAUAUAAUUUUUCCUUUCACAGAUAUCAGAAAUAUAAUUACCUUAAAUAUAUAAAAAAUAAAACACAAGAUGUUUUUUUAUAUUCUCAAAAAAACAAAAAAAAUAUUUAUAUUCUUAGUGUUAACAUUAAUAAUUUAAUGUUAGUUGUGAAUAAAUUUAUAUAUAAUGAUUUUUAUUACAAUCUGAUAAAUUCUAUUUUUUAUAGUAUCAUAAAUAUACCAUUACAAUAUGUAUGUGACACAUUUAUAUAUAAUUUAAUUUGUUAUAACCCUGAUGUUGUAAAUUAUGACCAUUCAUUAUGGUCAAAUAAAGAAUAUAACAACAACAAUAAUAAUGAUAAUUAUAAUAAUAAUAAUAAAAUUGAUGUGUGUUGUAUAAAAAGACGUAAUGAUAACUUUAUACAUUUCUUAAAAUAUUUUUUCUUGUCAUCAGAUCAAUAUGAAAAAGAUAUAAAAAAUAAUCCAUCACAUUCACAACGAUCUUUUCUUUUUUAUUUUAUUAAUCAUAUAAAAUUAUUAUUAAAAAAUAAUAUAAAAAAUAUGUUAUAUUUAACUCUAAGUAAUGUGGACACAAUUAUCUACAAUGACAUGUCCUUGAAAUAUAUUUUUUAUUUAUUUCUUUUUUAUUUUAUUUUUCUAGAUAUAAAAAUUUAUAGUACCAUAUUUAUUAAUUUGGACGAAGAAUAUCUAUCAUAUGAGGAAAUAAAAAUAUUUAAAUAUUUUAUCAAAGGAUGUACUGAUCAUAUAAAUAAAAAUAAUAAAAAUAAUCAAAAUAAUCAAAAUAAUAAUCAAAAUAAUGAUAUAUUUAAUAGUUAUAAUAAAUCAAAUGUUAAUAAUCUCACAAAUACAUGUAAUAAUAAAAAGACUACCCAUUUUUUUCAUAUUUGUUUAUUAUGUUCAUAUAAUAUGCUGAAUCAAGAAAAAAUAUUUAUGAUAGAAAAAAUAAAAAUCUUUUUUUAUAUUAUAUAUUAUAUUUUAUAUAUAAAUCAUUUUAGUUGUGAUACAAAUGAAUAUGAUAGUUUUUUACAUUAUUUUCUUUUUUAUAAUUUUAAAAAAAAAAAAUUGUCCUGGUUUAAUAUAUAUCCUUUGUUUUCAAAUAAACAAAAAUGGUUACAUGAUGAAUAUAAUGAGGAUCUUCUUAUAAAUUAUGAUCAUACAUGUUGCCAUAUUACCAGAAAAAAAAUUCAAAGGUAUUUUAAAAAAUAUCUUAUUAAAUUAUUUAUUCAUAAGAAAUAUAAAUGCUACAAAUAUUUUAUUAAAUUAUUAAAUGAACAAGAACAAAAUAUAACAUAUUUUAAAAAAGACAUAUUCAAUAAUAAACAUACAAUUAAUCAAUAUAAUAAUAUUGGUUAUAAUAAAAAUAACAGGAAUGAUAAUAUAUAUAAUAAUUUUAUAAAUAAUAAUUCUUUUUUGAAACAUCAAAAAGUUUAUGCUUAUAAUAAAGAAACAACAUAUUAUCAACAACAAUUUUAUAAUUAUAUUAUUCAUAUGUUUAGUUUAUUCUAUGAAAAUUUAAAAAUAUUCUUAUUACGAUUAUUACAAAAUAUUUAUCAUAACACUUUGAUAUAUAUAAAUGUAUAUAUGUAUUUAUAUAUGAUACGUUCUUAUUAUCUUAUAGAGAGACACCAAAAAAUAAAAGUCAAAAAUGUAAAAUAUAAAAAAUAUGAGAAAUAUAAAAUAUAUAAAAUAUAUAAAAAAUAUAAAAAGUAUCAUAAAUAUAAUAAUAAGUUGUUAAUUAAUUAUUCAUCAGAGGGACAUCUAGCCAAUAUAAAAGAUAUUGCAUGUACCAAAAAAAAAAUAGGAAGGAAAGUAUCUAAUUUUUUAAAAUAUACUAUAAUGAAUUUAUUUAUAAAUUUAUAUAAUAACUAUCUAUUUAUCUUAAAUAAAAUUAAGGUUAAAAAAUGUACUAUAAUAUUUUUAACUAAAUAUAUGAAAUUACUUCUUUAUAUAGGACGUAAUAUAUUAAAACUAUAUACACACCCACAGAAUUAUAUACAAUUUGUAUGUAAGUUGAUUAAUUCUGUCAAUAUGUAUAUGUAUAAACAUAUCAGAUGUUAUAAUGAUAUAUCAUGUAUAUAUUCGAUGAAAAAUGAUAAAAUGGAAUAUAAAAUUAUGUCUCCAUAUAUUCUAUAUAAAUAUUUUUGUAUAAACAAAACAGCUACCAAUAUGUCCAUACAUAAUAUUAAAAAAAACAAACAAAAAAAAAAAUUAUGCAAACAAAUCGGGUCAUAUUUGAUCAAAACUAAUGGAAAUCAUAACAUUUAUUUAGAAAAAUAUAUAAAGAAAAUAUUAUUAUAUAAAGGGGUCCAAAAAAAUAUCUUCCACAAUAUUUAUGUACAUAUAAAGGAGGAUCAUUUUUCUAUACAAACAAAAAAUGAUUUUAUAAUUUUCAAACUUAAAUGUAUAGAAGAUAAUAACACAAAUACUUUACAAAAUAUUUAUUACCAAAUUAAUGGGAAAAAAUAUUUUGUUUUUGAUAAUUUAUAUAAAUUAAAAAAAACAUAUAAAAUAAAUUAUAUAAUAUUAUGUUUACUAUUUUAUAGAUAUUGUUAUUUCUUUUAUACAUACAAUUCUUUUAUUUUCUCAUACCUUUUUACAAAUUUUUUUUGCAUAUGUAUUGAUUGUCUUAAUAAAUAUAUUAUUAUAAAAAAAUGUGAAGGUAAAAAGAAGGAAACAUGUCAAGAUAAUAGUCAUGAUUGUUUUUAUAAACAAAAUGGUAUUUUAAAAAAAAACAGUAAUCAUAUCUUAAUAAAAAAUUUUUAUUAUUUGCUUUUCUUUUUAUUAAUACGUUAUCAUACAAUCAUUGGUAGUAUAUCUCAUUCGGGUUUACAAAAUUGUAUCCCUAAAAGAAUCAUGAACGUUUUAAAAAAAUACAUGAAUGUAAAUGUAGAAUGUUUUUCAUCCCCUUUCAAUUCUGUUUUAGAAUGCUACUGUUCUUUUUUUAGUGACAUUGAUAUUUUUUUUGGUAGUAAAGGUGAUUUCUUUAAAUAUACUUUAAAAAGUGGCGUAUAUGAAGUUAACCCACCUUUCGAUAUUUUUCUAAUUAAUAAGUUGAUAAUAUAUAUUUUGUUCAACUUAAAAAUGGAUAUAAAUCAUCUAACCUUUUUUUUGAUUAUUCCUUAUAUGAAGGAUAUAAAUUAUUACUAUCAGUUAUUAUUUUCUUCACCUUAUCUAUCGCAUUUUUUCUUAUUACAAAGGAAUACCUAUACAUUUUCAACAAGAUUAUUUGAAGGAAGGGAGAAUGAAUAUAUAUCAACGUGUGAUUGCUUUGUUUUUAUUUUACAAAAUAAAAAAGCACAAAUUGAAAACAGGGUUCAUAAGAAAAAGGUAUUAAAAAUAAAAAAGUUAUGGCAAAAUGUUGAUCAUAUUUAA